AUGUAUAAUAAGGAUCUUAACUUCAGGAUGAAGGUCUUAGUGAUAUGCAUGGCCUUUGCGGCUAUGGCGUGGUCGAUGCCAGUCGCCGAGGAAAAACCUGUAGAACCUGUAGCACCUGUAGCAUCUGAAUCAGUUCAGGCGCCAAAACCUGACGAAGUGCAACCUGAAAUUAAAGCUGAUACUACAGUUAUCGAAGAGAAAAAAUCUGAACAAGUAAUUGAAAACAAAGAAGCUGUAAAACCGCAAGAACCAGAAAUUAAAAGCGUACCUGUAGAAUCAAAACCCGAAGAGGCCAUACCGGAAGCGGCUGUAGCUGUAGUCACUCCCGAGGUUAAGAAUGAAGUUCCUGAAGCUAAGUCAGCAGCACCAGUGGAAGCUGAAUCUGAGGUUAAGCCGGAAAGCAAUCAAUCAGAGGCAAAGCCUGAAGAAAAAAAGGAAGAGCCUGAACAAAAGCCAGUUGUUGAGGAAACUAAACAGGUCUCCGAUGCUAAAGUAGCAGAAGUCAAAGAAGCGCCAUAUGUACUAACCUCUAAAUCUGAAACUAUUGAUGUUGUAGCAGCUGUUAAAUCUCCUGCCGCUGUCGCUGAUGAUGUUGUCGAUAUUGCUGCCAUUUCCUCACCUGAGAAGACAGAGGUGCCUGUUGUGACAACAAAGAGUGCUGAACCAGCUGCAGAGGACAAGAAAGAAGAAAUUCCUUCGGUACCCGAAGCUAAAACAAGUUUAACAGAAGAAAACAAACCCAUUGAACCUAAAACAGAGGAAAAAGCCGUCUCUGCUGAUGUACCAGCCCCUGUUACCAAAGAUGAAACUGCCGUGCCUAAAUCAGCUGACGUAAGCGCACCUUCUGUUGAUGACCCUCUAAGAGUAGUUCGCGAUACUGUCGACGACAAACAGACUCCAGCACCUGUAGAAGCUGCUAAGUCGGCAACGGAAAUUGAAACCCCAAAAGAAAGUGAAAUCGAAAAGAAGCAGGAGACAAAGGACUCGAAACCCGAAGAACCUGUUGUACAGAGCGAACCAGUAAAAGAAACUUUGGUCGCUCAAGCUUUACCGGCGGAAGCACCAAAGAUAAGCGAAGUUGAAGCAAAACCGCCAAAGAGCGAAGAGAAACCUAUGGGUGAUGCAUCAACGAGCAGCUCAGAAGAGAGCGCUGAGAGCAGCGAAAAGAAAGGCGACAGCGGAGAGAAAGAUUCGUCGGAGGCCACCGACAAAAAAGGAAGCAAAGCUUCCAAAUCUUAA